CAGCCCCGGCGUUGGGGCGGGCUACGCGUGUGGCGAACGCGGGGAGCGGCUGCGGCUGGCCAUGGCGGGGACAGCGCUCAAGAGGCUGAUGGCCGAGUACAAGCAAUUAACACUGAACCCUCCAGAAGGAAUUGUGGCAGGCCCCAUGAAUGAAGAGAAUUUUUUUGAAUGGGAAGCAUUGAUUAUGGGCCCAGAGGACACCUGUUUUGAGUUUGGUGUUUUUCCUGCCAUCCUGAGUUUCCCACUUGAUUACCCGUUAAGUCCUCCAAAGAUGAGAUUUACCUGUGAGAUGUUUCAUCCCAACAUCUACCCUGAUGGGAGGGUCUGCAUCUCCAUCCUUCAUGCGCCGGGCGACGACCCCAUGGGCUACGAGAGCAGUGCUGAGCGGUGGAGCCCCGUGCAGAGCGUGGAGAAGAUCCUGCUGUCGGUGGUGAGCAUGCUGGCAGAGCCCAAUGACGAAAGUGGCGCUAACGUGGAUGCCUCCAAAAUGUGGCGGGAUGACCGGGAGCAGUUUUAUAAGAUCGCCAAGCAGAUUGUACAGAAGUCUCUGGGGCUCUAAGGCCUUGCCAUGCACAUGCGCACAGAUGUGUGCCGACACGCACGCGUGCUAACACACACCACUGAUCAGGCCCAGCCUUCUCUGGAGCACUUAGUGACAGCUGUCUCUGUGCUGGUAACAAAAAGACAGACUCACAGAGCCACAGCGUCUGUUUUUUUCUCACCUUUCGCACCCCAAACAGGCUUCUCUUCUGAAACUAUGUUUAUGUAGAACAGCGACAGCUUAAUGCAGUUUUGAAGUGUUCCUCACAAGGCAGAGCAGGUAGGUUGUCGAAGCUGUCACCACUACCUCUCCCAGCUCACGUGCCGCAGACGCAGCAGCCACAGCUUCCUGUGGAUUCCCUUCCUUCCUGGAGUGCUGAGGGGCUGCAUGUGCCAGACUCCCUAGGGUAAUGGAAUUCCAGCAGUGCUCCUGAAGAGUCGGGCCUCCGCGAGGCACUCAUAACUUCCUCUUUUAUUUCAUAUUUUACAAGCAGGUGUUUUUCUUAUAAUCUAGUAACAUCUUUUUCAUUUGUUGUGUGUUACAAGCCAUCGCACUUAGAAAUACUUUCAGGAAAUACUUCUUUAAAAUGUGUGUUAAAGAGAAAUGAGAUACAUGGAAAAUAAGUUUAUUGCUGGUUAUAAAGACUGAUAGUUUUUUCCUGAUAAUAUUUAUCAAAGAUUUACAUUUUUUUCUUAGUUACUAGUGCAUUGCUAGAGCUGGUACAGGUGAGAUGUGUAAAGUUUCAGUGAGUUUCUUCUGAAUCUACAGGAAUUUUUCAGUCCAAAAACUGGGAAGCUCCAGGGUUGCAUACAUUGUGGUUGCACCAGGAAUUUAACUAUUGGCACAAAAUCAUUCUUUGCAACUCGAGGUUGGAAGGGAAUCUACCAUUAGUUAGCUCAGAGCACAGAGGUGUGCCUUAUUCUUGAACUUGACCGGCACUCAUGGAAGUGGGCAUGUGGGGCCCGUGAGCCCCAGGGUGGAGACAGAGCGCUGUUUUUGACUUGUGAUUUUGAUGCGGUCUGGAUGUUCUCUAACACAGUCAGCUGAGCAGCACAGUGCCAGGAGGUUACCUUAUAAGCAAUAACAGAUCUGUUGCAUGCCGAAUCAAAUACUUGACCUGUUUCAGACAGGUUAAAUUUAAAUACAAAUUUCUAUUUUUUGGAAUAAGGGAUGGUCUAUGAGACAUGCAAUAGAUUUUACUUUACAAGAUCCUUUUUUCCUUCUCUUUCAUGAUGUAUCCAGUGGACAGUAGUCUGUUUUCCUGAAGCUUCACAUGGAGUUCCAUGGUGUUAACAGCUGCUGGUUGGAGGGGCUCCAUAUCGGGCUUCUGUGGGAAACAGACACUUUCCUUCUCAGAAGGGAAUUAUUUACAAUUGAAAUUCAGUUAAAGAGGGGAAGGGAGAGGACAGGCAUUGUACCUAAGAAGUGUUUGCAGGCUUGUUAAAGGAGAUGCAGCCUUCUCCACUGAGUGAGAAAAAGUGGUUUGUGUGGCUGGGCUGGGGCGUGGCGGCCACAUCAGCAGGUAGGCCACAGGGACUAAGUUUACCUGUCUCGUGUGAGAUGUGGAGGAGGAGAAGCAGUCUCUUUACAAAACAAAGUAUUUUUAUUCAUUUGUAUUUAUUAAAAAAAAAAAAAAAAAAAAAUCCCAGGUGUCCCUAUUCUGUGGUGGAAUUUAAUUACUGUGUUAAAAAUAAAGUUAUAUAUUUUCCCCCUA